AUGUUUAGAUUUCUCAGCAAAAGCUUAGUGUUAGACAGUUGUAAUAGAGGUAAUUUAUCAGUUCAUAAAGAAUUAUCCUAUUUUCUUGAAAACCCUUCCAUAUUAUCAUGUCUCAGAUACUUUUCAUCAUUGAAUACCGAUGAUACAAAAGAACAUUCCUUUACAGUCUCGUACCUUAUGAACAAAUGUGGGUUCUCUCUAAAAUCUGCUUUAGAAGUUUCUAAACAAGUUCAUUUUGAAUUCCCAGAUAAGCCUGAUUCUGUUCUUGAAGUUUUCAAGAACCAUAGCUUCUCAAAAGACCAUAUUUUGAAACUAGUGAGGAAACACCCUUCAGUGCUUUUGUCGAAACCUCACAAAACACUUUUACCCAAGCUUGAAUUUUUCCAAUCUAAAGGUAUUUCAAGCCCCAAUGUCAUCAAAAUCGUAUCAUCCAACCCGAAGAUUUUUAGAUAUAGCUUAGAAAACCAGUUAGUCCCUGCUUUUGAUUUCUUUGAAAACUUUCUCCGAUCUGAUGCCAUGGCCAGCAAAGCAAUCAACAUUUCCCCUUAUAUUCUAUGCAGUAAUGUUGGAAAAAUGACACGUAUUGUUGAUGUUUUACGGGACAUUGGAGUCCCUAAAAAGAAUAUUGCUCUGCUAGUUCGUUACAAGCCUUCUAUUAUGAUUUCAAAUCUGGAGAGUUUUAAAAAGCUUAUACAGGAAGUCACUCUAAUGGGAUUUCAUCCUUCCAAGAGUCAAUUUGUUUUAGCAAUUACUGUUCUGAAGUCCAUGAGCACAUCCACAUGGGAAAAAAAGCUUGAUGUGCGUAGGAGAUGGGGUUUGUCUGAAGAAGAAAUUCUUGCAGCAUUUGUGAAGAAUCCAUGCUUUAUGGCCUUAUCUGAAGAGAAGAUCAUGGGAGUGAUGGAUCUUUUUGUCAACAAAUUGGGUUGGGAGUCUUCCUUUCUUGCCAAAAAUCCAACAAUUUCAUCAUAUAGCUUGGAGAAAAGGCUUUUCCCAAGGGCUUUGGUAUUUGAAUUUUUAGUUUCUAAAGGUUUGAUUGAGAAGAGUUUCAGAAAUGCUGCAUUCUUCUAUGCCCCAGAAAAUCAGUUCCAGCAGAGGUUCAUAGAUCAGCAUGCUGAAUCUACCCAGAUAUUAAAAUUUUACAAGGAAAAACUGAAUCUUUCAUCGGUGGUAAAGUCUUCUACAUUUUAA